CUUCCUACAGGGAAGUUAAUCGAGCUCAGAUGUUCGCGGAUGUUUCAUCUGGUAGACGUGGUAGCUGGCAGUAAGUUUGUUAGCCAGUAAUGUAGGUUACACUGGCAUUGCUGCACGAAAUAAGUAUUCCUAAAUGCAUCAGAAACCAUGCUUGAUUUUGUGAUAUUUGCUGUGACAUUUGUCGUUAUCCUGAUUGGUGCGGUGCUUUAUUUAUACCCGUCUUCGAGACAAGCAUCUGGUAUUCCUGGCCUCAACCCCACUGAAGAGAAGGAUGGCAACUUGCAGGACGUUGUCAACAAAGGCAGCUUGCAUGAAUUCCUGGUCGGCCUCCAUGACCAGUUUGGCCCGGUGGCAUCCUUCUGGUUCGGCCGCCGUCCUGUGGUCAGUCUGGGAACUGUGGAUCAGUUAAGACAACACAUCAACCCCAACAAAACCAUGGACUCUUUUGAGACCAUGCUGAAGUCAUUGCUUGGCUACCAGUCUGGCUGGAGUGCAGGAGCAACGGAGACCGUCCUGAGGAAGAAGGUGUAUGAGAGCGCCAUCAACACCACCCUGCAGAACAACUUCCCUCUGCUGCAGAAGCUGGGGGAAGAGUUGGUUACCAAAUGGCAGUCUUUUCCCGAGUCCCAGCACAUUCCCCUAUGUGCUCACCUACUCGGAUUGGCUAUGAAAACUGUCACUCAGCUAGCUCUGGGGGACCGAUUUGCCAAUGAUACUGAGGUCAUACGCUUCCGAAAGAACCAUGAUGCGAUUUGGUCAGAGAUCGGCAGAGGCUACCUUGAUGGGUCCAUGGAGAAGAGCUCCAGCAGGAAAGGCCACUAUGACAGCGCAUUGGCAGAGAUGGAGUCAGUGUUGAAGUCUGUGGUGAGAGAUAUCAAGGGGCAUGGCUCGGGCCAAUCAUCCCUCAUGGACUCCCUCAUACAGGCUAAACUCUCUGAAAAACAGGUGAUGGAGGAUGCCAUGGUCUUCACUCUUUCUGGAUGUGUUAUCACUGCUAACUUGUGUAUCUGGGCUGUGCAUUUCCUCUCCACUGCUAAGGAUGUGCAGGAGAAACUACUGAAAGAAUUUACUGAGGUCUUAGGGGACGGGCCUGUUACCCUGGAGAAGAUUCCGGAACUCAAGUAUUGUCAGCAAAUUUUGAAUGAAACUGUGCGAACAGCCAAGCUCACACCCAUUGCUGCAACCUUACAAGAGGUGGAGGGGAAGGUCGAUCAGCAUGUCAUUCCUAAAGAGACUCUUGUCAUCUAUGCUCUUGGUGUGGUACUCCAGGAUGGAGACACGUGGCCUCUACCCUACAGAUUCGACCCUGAUAGAUUCAGAGAAGAGGACUCCAGGAAAAGCUUCUCCCUUCUAGGAUUCUCUGGGAAACAGGCUUGCCCGGAGCUAAGGUUUGCCUACACGGUGGCCACCGUGCUGCUCAGCAGUCUGGUGCGUCGGCUGAAGCUCCACGGCACAGACAGGCAGGUUGUUGAGGCCAGGUACGAACUGGUAGCCACGCCCAAGGACGACACCUGGAUCACCGUCAGCAGCAGGAAGUAAACCUGGUUUGUGUGGCCCCAUUCUCUGUGGAGGGGUGUCCCCUAUUCCCUUCCCGACAGGGAAGUUUAAUCUGUCACCAGCCAAGACUGCCAUCACAGUGAUGCCACUGUCCAAUGGUUAGAUAUUUUACAUACAUUUUGCAUUUGCAUUUCUCUUUUAUUGGGCUGUUGGUUUGGAAACCGGUUAGACAAAUUAAUGAACAAAAUGAAACCUUUGCAGAGAGCGAGCGAUUUGAAUGAUCCAAGUGUACCAUAAGUUGUCACUGUCACAGUGGCUACAAAAUGUUUAUGAAAAUAAGAGAAUAACAGACCCCUUUCUAUUAGCACCACAAGUGCCGCAGCUCUUUGCCAAGAUGUUAAAGGGAUAUUUUACAUUUCUGGACUCCUGUUAUUAACCGUUGUGGCUUAGUAGUCAUUUUUGUAGAGGAAAUAAGUAUACAUUAGAAGAAAAUGGAAAGAAUUGAAAACAGAUUAUUGAUGAUCAUGAUCUUAAUUGUAAUCAAACAUUACAGAUCCAUUUCAUGUAUCCUGUUUGAAGAAACAAACAAAAA